AAAUAAAAACACUUGCCGAUAAUAAAAAAUCCUUUUUCACCUAACGCGACUGAACACAAUUCCAUCUUUUCCGCCAUGAAUCCUAACCUCUAAAAAGACUUUUGUUUCUUGCAUGAGAGCGCGCAAAUCAGCACUAACCAGUUUGACAAGAAAUUUUCCACCAAAGUUUCAUAAUAUUUUUAUAAAUCUAGUCUGAUACAAUAGUAACUUUAAAUAAUCCAAGUAAGUAGAUAAACCAAAUAAUAAAAAUGAAUCCAGACCACACUCACCGCCGCUGGAGUCAUUUGCGAAAAAUCCUCGAGAGAUCUGGGCCCUUUUGCCGGCCCGAUUUCGAGCCGUCGCCCGACACACUGGAAUUCCUCAUGGAGAAUUGCAAGGUCCUGGUAAUCGGUGCUGGUGGAUUGGGCUGUGAACUCUUGAAGAACUUAGCUCUGAUGGGAUUCAGGAAGAUAGACGUCAUCGACAUGGACACCAUCGAGCUCUCGAACCUCAACAGACAAUUUUUGUUCCGCCACAAAGACCUGGGUUCCUCAAAAGCCGAAGUAGCUGCCAAGUUUAUCAACGAGCGAGUUCCAGGGUGCUCUGUGACUCCUCACUGCUGCAAGAUCCAAGACAAAGACGAGUCUUUCUACCGGCAGUUUCACAUUGUUGUCUGCGGGCUGGACUCAAUCGUGGGCCCGGAGGUGGAUCAACGGAAUGAUCAUAUCGCUCUUGAACUACGAAGACAAUGAACUGGAUCAUUCUUCAGUGAUUCCUCUGGUCGAUGGUGGUACAGAAGGGUUCAAAGGCAAUGCUAGGGUUAUUUUACCAGGUCUCAGUGCUUGUAUUGAGUGUACUCUUGAUUUAUAUCCACCUCAAGUAAGUGUUAGUUUUAUUUCUUCUUUUACACUAAUAGAAAAAUUUAUUUUAUUUAUUUAUUUAUUUAUUUAUUUAUAUACACCAUACGCCUAUCGGCAUUAUACAACAAAGUUUAUAAGGUGAAUAAGAGAAAA